AUGGCUUUGGUUGAUCUUGCAAAUGUUUCAGACUUGAUAAAACAGGCCGUUCCUAAUAUUGACGACGCUAUUGUUGAAUACGUCUUUGGUUACCUAAACGAAGCACAGUCUGGGACUGAUGGCGAAGAUGCUAUUACAGACUUUGUUCGGCCAAUCUUAGUAGACGCAGGUGGCGAGGAAGAGAGGAUUCAAAAAUUAUGCGAAAAAUUAUCGGAAUUCUUUGUGCAAACAAAUGCUUCGAAUAAUAGUUCUAAUAACCAGGGACUUAAUAAGUUAGAGCAACCCGUAAAUAUGCUUACAACAAAUUUUAUUUCUGCAACAGCAGGCUUAGCCGCUCAGAGUGUAGAUUUAGAAGCCGUUAGUGGAAGAAAAAUUAGUACCAGAGUUGAUACCAAGAAAUUAGAAAAAGCUGAAGCCAAGAUUAAGUCCAAAAUAGAGAAACGUGAACGAAGAUCAAAUUAUGAAGCGAGUAAAUUGCUUUCAAAGAAGAAUAAUGAUGAAUUCCUUAUGCAAGUAAAUCCUAUAUUGGAUUAUACAACGACCAAAGGAAAACUCAAGGACGUUAAAGUUGAAAAUUUUGAUAUCUCAUUUGGUGGGAAGAGGAUAUUGACAAACGCAAAUUUAUCUUUAACCUAUGGUAGAAGGUAUGGAUUAAUUGGAAGGAAUGGUAUUGGUAAAUCUACUUUAUUGAGAACUAUGUCAAGAAGAGAAAUUAGUGUUCCAACACACAUCAGCAUUUUACAUGUGGAACAAGAGAUGGAGGGUGAUGAUACACCUGCGAUUCAAGCUGUAUUGAGUGCUGAUAUUUGGAGAGAACAUUUGUUAAGUGAAGAGAAAUCAUUAAACUUGCAAAUUAACGAAUUAGAGCAAAAUCCUGAAAAAUUUGACGAAGUUACUCUUGAACAAAAAAAAGAUGCUGCCAAUACAAGAUUGAAAGAAAUAUACCAAAAGUUAGAAGAAAUCGAGAGUGAUAAGGCUGAAUCACGCGCCGCUGCUAUUUUAUCUGGAUUGGGUUUUCCGGCAGAUAGACAUCGAAAUCCUACAAAAUUAUUUUCGGGUGGUUGGAGAAUGCGUCUUGCGUUAGCAAGGGCAUUAUUUUGCCGACCUGAUUUGUUAUUAUUGGACGAACCGACUAAUAUGUUAGAUAUUCCUGCUGUCGCGUGGUUAGAACAAUACCUCAAAAAAUGGCCGAGCACGUUGCUUGUUGUUUCUCACGAUCGAGAAUUCCUGGACGAAGUAGCAACUGAUAUUUUACAUCAACAUUCCGAACGUCUCGAUUAUUACAAGGGCAAUUUUACGCAAUUCUAUGCUACAAAAGAAGAACGUCGCAAGAAUCACCUACGUGAAUAUGAAAGCCAGAUGCAAUAUAGGCAACACUUACAGGACUUUAUUGACCGCUGGCGAUAUAAUGCUAAAAGAGGUCCACAAGCUCAAAGUAAAAUUAAGAUAUUGGAGAAACUUCCUGUAUUGGAACCUCCGGAAGUCGAAGUUGGCGUCACUUUCAAGUUUCCUAACCCCGAUGCAUUAAGUCCGCCUAUCCUUCAAUUAAAUGAUGUUAAUUUUGGAUAUCCGAAUGGUCCUACUAUUCUAUCGAGCGUCAACCUUUCUGUUCAAUUAGAUUCACGCAUAGCUGUAGUCGGUCCAAAUGGAGCGGGUAAAUCUACUCUGCUCAAACUUUUAACGGGGAUACUAGAGCCGCGUUCUGGUCUGGUGCACCGGCAUGGACGUCUCAGAUUUGCACAUUUCAUGCAACAUCAUGUAGAUCAGUUGAUUCUUGAUAUGAAUGCAGUAGCUUUUAUGGCUCAGAAAUUUCCGGGGAAAAUCGAAGAAGAAUAUCGACGUCAAUUAGGAAAUUUUGGCAUUACAGGAAUGACGGGUUUACAGUCAUUGAAGACUUUGUCCGGUGGUCAAAAAAGUAGAGUUUCCUUUGCUUGCUUGGGAUUAAAACAUCCUCAUAUUUUGAUAUUGGAUGAACCAACCAACCACCUCGAUAUGGAUUCAAUCGAUGCCCUUACAAAUGCUCUAAAAGAAUUUAAAGGUGGAGUGAUCCUUGUUUCUCAUGAUGAACGGUUCAUUGAUUCUGUGUGUACAGAAAUUUGGGUAUGUGAAUCUGGAAAAGUUAGGAAAUUUGAAGGCGAUUCUAUCAAACAAUAUAGAGAGAUGAUUGUGCCAAAAGAGGAACC